AUGUCGAAUGAGAAUUUCUACCUACGAUACUACUCAGGCCACUCUGGGCGGUUUGGACAUGAGUUCCUAGAAUUUGACCUCCGCACCAUUACAGAUGGUAGCAGCGCCGCUGUCCGAUAUGCGAACAACUCGAACUAUCGCAAUGAUUCCCUCAUCCGCAAAGAAAUGUGCGUGAGCGAUGCGUUGGUUCAAGAAGUGAAGCGCAUUAUCAAAGAAAGCGAGAUCCUGAAGGAGGACGACUCCAAGUGGCCCCAGAAGAACAAGGAUGGACGCCAAGAGCUGGAGAUUCGGAUCGGAAACGAGCAUAUCUCCUUCGAGACCGCCAAAAUCGGUUCGCUGGUCGACGUCACCGAAUCCGACGACCCCGAAGGACUUCGAGUCUUUUACUACCUCGUGCAGGACCUGAAAGCCCUUGUCUUUUCGCUUAUCUCUCUCCACUUCAAGAUCAAGCCCAUCUAA